AUGGGCUCCAGGAAGAGAGUGGUUAUCCUUGGAGCCGGGAUCUCGGGUUUAGCGGCCAUCAAGUCCUGUUUAGAAGAAGGUCUGGAGCCGGUGUGUCUGGAACAGUUUGAUGAUAUCGGCGGAAUAUGGUACUACACAGAGAGAUACCGAGAAGGCCAGGGUGCGCGGGCAUUCGACACUCUGACCACCAACUCACCCAAAGACCUGUUCUGCUACAGUGACUUCCCAUACCCAAGAGACUUCCCGCCCUUUCCGACUCACGAAAUGGUUCACAAAUAUCUCAACCUCUACUGCGAGAAGUUUCAUCUCCGGAAGCACAUCCAUUUUAAAACCAAAGUUCUCCACAUCCAGAAGUCCGAUGACUAUGACGUCACAGGUAGAUGGGAAGUUGAAAUGACAGAUGCAUCAAAGGCGAUUUAUCGGGAUGUUUAUGACAGUGUGAUCGUGUGCUCCGGGUUCUCUGAAGCUUGGAUACCUGAAGUUAAAGGACUCGAGACAUUUAAAGGAUCGAUAGAACACUCGAAAACAUUCAAGGAUGGGGCAAAAUACAAGGCCAAGCGAGUGUUGGUUGUUGGCACUGGGAAUUCUGCGGGUGAUAUGGCUGUGGUAGUUUCCCAAGAAGCAAAACAGGUCUACUUGAGUGUUGGUAAAGGAACCUACAUAGUCCCUCGCCUGCUGGAAGGAGGUCAGCCCCUUGGAUACGUCACACAAAGGAGGUCUAAUAUCAGGAAUAAAAACACGUUAGGCAACGUCGUUUGUGCAAUAGCUAAUUCACGCUUAAAUCACUCAGCCGCUGGUAUAACGAGCGCUGACAAAGUCCCAGAUCUUACACAGAUGAUAAAUGAUCUAAUAUACCAUCAAAUUGCUUGUGGUCGUGUGAAGAUAGCAGGCAGGUUGGUGAGUGUGGGUGAAAACGAGGCUGAGUUAGAGGACGGUACAAUUCUCAAGGACAUUGAUGCCAUUUUGUUUGCAACGGGUUAUCGGCGAGGACAAAGCUUCCUGUCCGACGAAGCAAGAGGAGGUAAAGACAAGCUGUACCUGUAUAAGAUGACGUUUCCACUGACGCUGCCUCAUCAAACCCUUGCACUGAUCGGAUGCUUUCAAUCAGCUGCCACAGUUACGGCCUUGGUCGAAGUUCAAGGCCGACUAGCAGCGCGAGUGUUCUCGGGAAGACACAAACUCCCGCCCUACAACGUCAUGAUGAAGGAUGUGGAACGAUGGAACCAAAGCAUCUUGCAGAACUUUGGAUGUUAUAAAUAUAAGAUCCCAAAUCUCGUAAUCCGAGACGAGAUGGCAGCGGAACUGGGUGUGACCCCCUCCCGGUGGGACCUGAUCAAGGCCGGACCCCGACUCGCCUACCUGUACUACUAUGGGCCUGCCUUCCCCUAUUACUACCGUCUGUGGGGGCCUCAUCCCUGGUGUGGAGCUAAAAAGGCCAUUGAUGCGGCUCUGAGAGAUGGGUACAUGCCUACACCUGUUGGAAGGAAUAAACCCCUUGCCCCCAAAUCUGUGUGUUCAUAUGCGAAUGUUGGAUUGUCUUUUUUGGUUGUCAUGGUGAUUGCAGCCCUUGGGAAAUACUUUGGAAUGAAUUUUUGGUUGUCAAGUUUCUAACGAGGUGACUACAGCAAGGGACCGACCAUUUGUUUUGUAUGGAAACUAGAUAUUUUUCAGCUAUAUUUGCAAAUGAGAGAUAUGUUCUUAAUUAAACUAUGAGCCAAAAUUUAAAAAAAGAUAGAAGCAUUUUGAAACUUUGUAAGUUUAGAAGAACACAAUUUCUUCUUUUUUUCAACAAUCUGAAACAUAAUUAUUUUUUUCAAGCAUUUUCUGGGACAAUUUAUUUUUUUCGAUAAAAUCACCCCCUCCCCUAAAUCGGUCCCUAAGAGGUAUCUUAUACGUACAUUUAUGACACCGUGAACGCGUUUAAUUUGUUUGUUGGUUAUUGCAGCCAUAUAUAUAUAUAUUGUAUAUAUAUUUUGAAAGUAUUUUAUAUUUUCAGAUGACCAAGUUUUAUUUACAUCUUAUUUGUGUUCUUUAAGGUUGAUACGCCAUCCAUUGACAUGUCAAACACUAUUGUCGUUUGUGAAAACAGAGUUGCUUAUGAUUAAGAAUUUGUGAAUAAAUAACAUUAUAUAUCACUAGCCCACAGUUAAUACACUAUGUGUAGUUUUUAUGUCGGAGUAUUUUUGCAUGUGCCUGUUUUUCCACCGUAAAGAUACGGGGUAGACUACGUCUUCAACAACCCAGGUUUGACGUAAAAGGUGACUAUGCUUGUCGUAAAAGGCGGCUAACGGGAUCGGGUGGUCAGGCUCGCUGACUUGCUUGGUGCAUGUCAUCGUAUCCCAAUUGCGUGGAUCGAUGCUCAUGAUGUCAAUAACUGGAUUGUCUGGUCCAGCCUCGAUUAUUUACAGACCGCCGUCAUAUAGCUGGAAUAUUUCUGAGUGGGGCAUUAAACAACAAACAAACAAACAAACAAAAAUUUCACAUUCUAGUCCAUGAAAACAUAAGGGGUCACAACGGUCCGACCAUUCCAUGCACCCGUCACAGACACGAGCUUCUCACAAGAUAAAACACUGUACUUCAUUACACAUCAUGGGCUCAGUCCUCACUACAGAACAUAUCCCCACAAAUAUUCUUGAACCUUAAUUUCUUUUGUUCAGUAUACAUCUCAUGCUCACAUCAUGCAUGAUAAAGUGUCUGUUAAUCAAACAUACCAGCACAACAAAUGUAUAUUAAUAAAUAUAUCCUCACAACACAAAUUAAUCUGCCAGCUGUUCCUAUUGGUUAGUCUCUAGCAUCCCUCUACAUCGUGUACAGCGUAAUGCAAUUAUGUCGUACAAUUCAGUCUGGCACUAUAGGAAUGAUAAUAAUCAUAGAAAGUGUCAUUUUAAAUAUUAAAAAUGUUAUUGAAAUAUAUCACGCUAUGUAUUGCUUUCAGUGCUAUUUAGGACAUCGGGGAUAUAUACAACUUAACCCAUGGUCGUCAGCAAACUAAAGCAUGUAUUUUCGAAAAUAUUACAAUCGAUGUUUUUCUCGUUCUGUUUUUAGCAUUCGUCUGUAGCUUC